AGUUGUGUAAUACAAUUUCCCACAGUCAAGUUGUUGAUUGGUGUUAUCCCAAGUCUUUUGCCUCUAAUCUAUUUUCUCUUCUCUCGUUUUACAUUGACAGCUUACUUGCCAUACGAAUCAUCAAGUACUUGGUCCAUGCAAUCCUGUUUGUCCACUGUACCGCAGUUUUAUUUCUUUUAUUUGCUUUGCAUGGUGGCUUUAUUUCGUGGGUUGUCAACACAGAAGUGUUUUACCUCCCUGAUAUUUACACCUACUCCGUAUAUUGGACUUUAGCAACUUACACAACAACAGGCUAUGGUGAUAUCCGUGCAGUGACAUACAGAGAAUUGUUAUUCUCCAUUUUGAUAAUGAUUCUUUCCAAGAUGCAAGUCAGUUAUAAUAUGGGACUUCUCUCAUCCACUCAAACAAACAAGCAAUCACUUCAAGUGGCGUAUGAAGAGAAGCUGCAGGCAGUCCAAAACUACAUGAUGGAUGAAAACAUUCCAUCGGCGCUGCAAAAUCGCGUAAUCCGAUUCUACAAUUACCGAUGGACACGCACCAAAGGGAUAGAUUCAGAAGAAUUGUUCAAAGAUACACCUCAUUGUAUGAAAGUUGAAAUUUUCUCAAGAAUAAGCGUGAAUCUACUGAAGAAAAAUCAGCUCUUCACUCACCUCUCAGAAACAUUCCUGCGACACUUGGCAACGAAAAUGUUGCUGGAAAGCUACACCUCUGGGGAAUACAUCAAUAGAAGGGGAGACUCUGGCCGUGGCAUGUUGCUGAUCCUGAUUGGUAAGGUGAAACUUUGCUCAUGGAGAACUGGAAAGGAGGCCAUUGAGUAUCUUACAACUGGAGCCGCAUUGGGAGUUGACUUGCUGCUGAAAUCCAAGUUGUGUAGAUACACUGCCAUUGCUGAUAACUAUGUGGAUAUAUUUUUCCUGUCGAAAGAGCACUUUGAAGAAGUUGGGUCGUAUUACCCAGAUGUCAUGAAUAAACUGCUAAAGAGAGCCUCAAACGUUAUCAACAUGUACUAACUGACUAGGUACCCCCUUUCCCUACUAAGGUAUACAGGCUGGAAAGUUCAAAUGUGAACUCCUUUGUAAUUCUGUUUACAGUUUUUUUUGUGACCAAAGAUGACUUGUUGACUGAAAAUAUAUUGUCUCGGUAAAUAUACUAUUAUAGAAUAUAUAUUUAUAUCCUUUUAAGUAAAUAAUCUAGAUGUAUAGAAAUAAUUGACGAAAUAAAUGUCUCAACUGUUUUAAAUAUGCUUGAACCCAAUGUGAAUAAAGUGUACUUAUUGUUUAACUGGA